UUCGAUGGGUCGGCUCGUGGUGUAUCCGGUAAAUCACUCAAUGAUCUUCUGUAUCCAGGACCAAAGCUCCAGCAAGAUGUAGUAGACGUGUUGAUCGGGUUCCGUUCUUAUCGAGUUGUUUUUACGGCCGACAUUUGUAAAAUGUACAGACAGUUCUGGAUCCAUAAAAAAUAUCGGCCUCUACAACAUAUUUUGUGGCGUUCUUCCCCUAAGGAAGAAUUAAAAGAAUAUGAAUUAAAUACUGUCACUUAUGGAUUAAACUGCGCCCCUUAUUUAGCUUUAAGAGUUCUCAAGGAGAUAGCGAUGGAGGUACAGGAUGAAGAGCCUGAUAUAAGUAGAGCUUUGCAAAGCUCCACUUAUAUGGAUGACAUCUGUACAGGAGCUCAAACCUUGGAAGAAGCUAAACGUCUACGUGACGCCUUAGUUCAUGUGUUGGCAAAGAGUGGUUUAGAGUUGAAGAAAUGGUCCAUUUGGAAGUAGUGUCGGAUCUAUUCACCCCCGCAUUCUUAGCGACAUUAGACCGUUUCGUUAGUAGAAGGGGACUACCAUCACAAAUCUAUUCGGACUGCGGAACCAAUUUUGUUGGAGCAGAUAGAAUGUUGCGCCAGUUUGUAAACAACUCCGACAUUCGUAAUAAUUGGAGUGCUGCCAUACCUUGUAUGUGGAACUUUAAUCCCCCAAGUGCCCCUCACUUUGGAGGCCUUUGGGAAGCCGCGGUGAAAUCUAUGAAGGCACUUCUAUAUCGGACUAUGGGAUCGCACUUGUUCACUCUGGAAGAGUUCGUCACUAUUAUUACCCGCGUUGAGGCUGUGUUAAACUCGAGACCGCUGACCCCAAUGAGUGAUGACCCAAACGACACAACGUGUUUAACUCCUGGUCAUUUUCUCAUAGGUCAACCACUUUUAGCUCCACCAGAGGAGUUAGUCCCUGAAACUCAACGCACGAUCACUCAACGAUGGAAGUUGCUCAAGCAAUGCCAUCAAGCAUUUUGGAAAAGAUGGACCGUUGAGUAUUUGAAUUGUCUUCAAAUUCGGAGCCGAUGGACUAGAGGGGAUCGAAAUUUGAAGGUCGGUGAUUUAGUGAUCAUUAAGGAAGAUCAUGCACCUCCGUUAAGAUGGCAUCUCGGUCGCGUUGAAAGGGUAUUUCCCGGUGAUGAUGGUGUGGUGCGGGUCGUCCAGUUGAAAACCAUCAAUGGAUGGAUAAAUCGCCCAGUGGUGAAAUUGGUGCCUUUGCUGUCAUCUUAG